GGCGAGGCCGCCGCAGCGGCCAUGGGGGCCCUGACCAGCCGGCAGCACGCGGGCGUGGAGGAGGUGGACAUCCCGUCCAAUUCCGUGUACCGCUACCCGCCCAAGUCCGGGAGCUAUUUUGCCAGCCACUUCAUUAUGGGAGGAGAGAAGUUUGACUCACCUCAUCCUGAAGGUUACCUGUUUGGAGAGAACAGCGACCUGAACUUCCUGGGAAACAGACCAGUAGCGUUUCCUUAUGCCGCCCCACCUCCCCAAGAACCCGUAAAGACUCUGAGGAGCCUGAUCAACAUCCGAAAGGACACACUGAGACUAGUCAAAUGCACUGAGGAGGUGAAGAGCCCCGGCGAAGAGGCUGGCAAAUCCAAGGCCCACUACAACGUGGAGUUCACCUUUGACACAGAUGCUCGGGUGGCCAUCACCAUCUACUACCAGGCCACCGAAGAGUUCCAGAAUGGCAUUGCCAGCUACAUCCCCAAAGACAACAGCCUACAGUCAGAAACGGUGCAUUAUAAGCGAGGGGUGUGUCAGCAGUUCUGCCUGCCUUCCCACACCGUGGACCCCUCGGAAUGGGCUGAAGAGGAGCUUGGCUUCGACCUGGACCGGGAGGUUUACCCCUUGGUGGUGCAUGCUGUGGUGGAUGAAGGCGAUGAGUAUUUUGGCCAUUGCCAUGUAUUGCUGGGCACUUUUGAAAAGCACCCAGACGGAACUUUCUGUGUCAAGCCCCUCAAACAGAAGCAAGUAGUAGAUGGGGUCAGCUACCUCCUCCAGGAGAUCUAUGGAAUUGAAAACAAGUACAACACACAAGAUUCUAAGGUGGCUGAGGACGAAGUGAGUGAUAACAGUGCCGAGUGUGUGGUGUGUCUGUCAGAUGUCCGGGACACCUUGAUCCUGCCCUGUCGCCACCUCUGCCUCUGUAACACCUGUGCAGACACCCUGCGCUAUCAGGCCAACAACUGCCCCAUCUGCCGGCUCCCUUUCCGGGCACUGCUCCAGAUCCGAGCCAUGAGGAAAAAACUGGGCCCCUUGUCCCCAGCUGGCUUUAACCCCAUCAUCUCAUCCCAGACUUCAGACUCAGAAGAGCAUUCAUCCUCAGAGAACGUUCCACCAGGUUAUGAAGUGGUGUCUCUUCUGGAGGCCCUCAACGGGCCCCUCACACCAUCCCCAGCGGUCCCUCCACUUCACAUGCUUGGAGAUGGCCACCUCUCAGGAAUGCUGCCUUCUUAUGGCAGUGAUGGUCAUCUGCCCCCUGUCAGGACGCUCUCCCCCCUCGACCGCCUGUCAGACUGCAGCAGCCAGGGACUCAACCUCAAAAAGAGUCUCUCCAAGUCCGUUUCCCAGAAUUCUUCUGUGUUGCACGAGGAGGAAGACGAGCGUUCCUACAGCGAGUCUGAGAUGCAUCUCCCUCAGAGGCGGUCUGCACACCAUCUCAGAGAAGAAUGUGGCGAGACUCCAGAAAGUGAGAAUCUGACCUUGUCCUCGUCAGGAGCUGUUGACCAGUCGUCUUGCACAGGGACCCCUCUCUCAUCCACCAUCUCUUCCCCAGAAGACCCUGCCAGCAGCAGCCUGGCCCAGUCGGUCAUGUCCAUGGCGUCCUCCCAGAGCCAGCACUCCCAGAUCAGCACUGACACCAUUUCCUCCAUGUCCGGCGGCUCCUACAUCGCCCCUGGCCCGGAAGAAGAGGGAGAGGCUCUCCCUUCCCCCCAGGCUGCCAGUAGGGCCCCAUCAGAGGAAGGAGAGACGUUGCCACUGGAAUCUCCAGAUGUCAACCUUGUUGACCUCCCAGCCGAAGAGCAGGAUGCAGAGGGAAAUGACGUUCCAGAGGAAGAGGAUGGAUCCCCCACGCGAGAAGAGGGCCAGAGGACAAACGCAUUCCUAGGUAUGGAGUGUGACAAUAACAAUGACUUUGACAUCGCAAGCGUGAAAGCACUGGACAAUAAGCUGUGCUCUGAGGUCUGCUUACCCGGCACCUGGCAGGCUGAUGACAACACUGUCAGUCGGAGGAACACCCGGCACCGGCGCUUAUCAUCCAGCAGCCUGGAGGACCCCGAGGACAGGCCCUGUGUGUGGGGUCCGUUAGCUGUCUGAAGAGCCCCAGGCCCUGUACCAGGGCUCCCCUGCUGUCCUCGAAGUCCGUCCUGUCCUCACCAGGUCACUGGGCUCCUGGGCUUCCUCAUCAAGACAUGUGUCGACUCAUCCUCACGUGAAAGCUGGAUGGUUAGGCCAGCCUGCUCCUUCUCCCAGCUUCGCCUCCUCCUAUAACCAUGGCCCUUUCCCUUGCAGAGGGACUAGAAGCCCUGCUUUCUCCUGUGGGCUGAAGUCACUCAAACUGUGGCUUUUGGGACCCUUUGUGGACUCUCCAGACGUCUCUGAUCUUCUGGUGGAGCUGGUUGUUUCUUGUGCACCGUUUUUCUUCCCUUGGGGGUAAGCCCAGAAGACUCAGAGUUUUGGCGGCUUCCGUACAAACACCCAUCUGGCAUUUUUGGUCUCUGGAACAUCAGAAACAAUCCAAAACUUCAGUUUGGGUGGGGUUGGGGAUGACUCCAGUGAGAAGAGAGCAGCCACAUUGCACCAUAUGUGGAGCCUCCCUCAAAGAGCACUGGGAGCUCCUUCCUCAAGAGCUGUGGUGGCCACCAAAAGGUUGGUUGAAAAAAUAGUUCCUCCUCCUAAUACCAGAGCUUAUCUCCCUUGGCCUUGGUGCCUGUCUGCUUAGGAGGACCUUGAAUCUGAGGUCAAGAUGAUGACCCUUAAGAAGGACCCUUAUGAUCAGGUGCGUUCACAAAUGGCUGGGAAUCCAUUUCAAGAUACACGUCUUCUGACCACUUCUGUGUGCCAGGCACUGGUAGGCACUAUCAUAUAUUAGCACUUUCGUCUUAACCACAGCCCUGUGAGGUGGGAGUAUUAUCCCUAUUGCCCCUAUCUCCACCCUCUGUUAAUAGUUGAAGGAAUAGGCUUCCAGCAGUAUAGACCUGUGAUUCUCAAAUCAGUGCCCAGGAAUCCCAAAGGAAGUGGUGGAGAGCCUGUGCUAAAUCCAGGCAGCAGCCUGGGGCCAGUGGCUGUGGUCUGGGAACUGCAUGGCUGAGGCCAGGGCCUUCACCUGGGGGACCCCCUCUCCCUACAAGUUUUCCUCUCCUGCCUUCCAGAUCCACUGAACCCGAUGGGUGGAGAGGUUGAGUCCCUACUGCUCAAGGAGCCUUCCACAGGCACAUUAUUUGAGAGAUUUAGACAUAGUGUCCUUGAAAUCAUGUGUCCUCACCCUACCCCACCCCAGUGGAAUAAACCAUAUAAACCAAAGCCUUGAAAAAGCAAGGCUAGACGAAGCGGAGUCACUCCCUUCCCAACCCUGGUGUUAUCAGUGAAGCCCACUAGCUCUUGGAGAGAUACUUUGUCCACAGGCUUUUGGAAGAUGGUGUUAUUUAGUGGUGCAUGAGAUUAUUUGAGAAGCAAAGUUAGAUUCAGCAAUUCCUUGUGAGGCUGAGGUGUGGAUCCUCUUAGUAUUGGGCACUGUUACCCUAGAAAACCUUUGCCAGGCUUUUUCCGAGAGUCUUCCUCAAAAAGAGCCCAGCGCCCAGGGGACCCUUUGUACCUUGUGUGUGGCUGCAGCCCUGGAGGGAGGGAAUGGCCUACACUGCCCUGGUCAAAAAUGGGAGGACUGUUGUCCCGACUGAGAUGUGACAUAGCCAACCCUGGAUCGGAGCAGCUGCCUGGAGUUUCACGUCCACCCUCUCUGGAAUACCUCAGUAGACUCUGCCGUUGAGGCUUCACUUAAUCUUCUUUAUUUCCGUCAACAUUUUACAGUCCCUUUUGUAUUUAACCAGGAUAAGUUGAGCAAUAACCCCAUUUCUGAUUUCCUUGAAGUUGGAGUCCCAGAAGCACCAGGCAGUGGGGAGCUUCCCUGAGCCUGGGGCAAGGCACACAGACCCGCCUCCCCUCCCUGCAGGUAGUAUUCACAGUGUGGUGUGACCUAGGAGGAUCCCAAGGAGAAGCUGAGAUGAAGGAGAGUCAAAUAAACAGUAGCCACAGGGCCAGGAACCCUAGGAGGAAGCAAUUAUCGUCACCCCUUCCUUGAGGAUCUGGGUCCUUCCUCACGGGAUGUGCUUGGCCCUCUCCCAGGACAAUCAUCAGAAAGGUCCCUGAAGGCUCUACACUGUUGGUGGGACUGUAAAAUGGUAUAACCACUAUGAAAAAUAUGGCACCUCCUCAAAAAGCUAGAAAUAGAAAUACCUUAUCCAGCAAUUCCACUCCUAGGUAUAAGAGCAGUGACACGAAUAGAUAUAUGCACACCUCAGCAUUAUUCACAAUAGCAAAACGAUGGAAACAGCCUAAGUGCCCAUCAAGGGAUAAAAGGAUAAAUUGUGGUACAUACGCACAAUGCCAUACUACACAACUAUAAAGAAUAAUGACGACUCUGAAGCAUUUUAUAACAUGGAUGAAUCUGGAGGACACUAUGCUGAGUGAAAUAAUUCAAUCACAAAAGGACAAAUAUAUGGCAUCCCAUGAAAAAUCAAGAACAGGUAUACCCACAGAAAACAAUGUGCUUUGCUGGUUACUGGGGGAGGGAGGGGGAACCACUUUCUAGAUAGUAACCAAAAAAAAAGAAAAGAAACCGCUGCUGGCAAGUCGAUUCCUACUCAUAGCGACCCUAUAGGACAGUAGAACCGUCCCAUAGGGUUUCUAAGGAGCAGCUGGUGGAUUCAAACUGCCAACCGCUUAGAAGCCAAGCUCUUAACCACUGUGCCACCAGGGCUCCUUCUAGAUAGUAAAAACACUGGUAAUUUUUGGUGAUGGGAAAGGCAGUACCCAAUAUGGGUGAAGUCUGCACUUGUCCAAGGUAAAUGAAGACACUAAGAAGUACCUAAGAAUAAGGGACAAUUUCAGUAAAAGAUCCCUGAAGGAAUCUUAGGGGGAGCCUGGCCUUGGGCCCACUCCUCCUCCUCAGCCCUUAGUAGCAGAUAGACACACCUGGGUUAGAAGUGGCUGGUUGAUCCUUGUUUCUCAGUUUCUAUUUCCUCUUUCUUUUUUUAACCUCGUUUUCAUGUAGCUCUUUGGCAAGCAGAACAUCCCAUGCAAAGGGCCUGUCCCCUAGUCAGCCUGAUGGGGACCAGGCCAGAGCCCACCCUAUUGUCCCAGUCCUUCAUCUGCAGGGACACAGUCAUGUCAAAAGCAGAUCACCAGAGAAAAUGGGGUGGGCUUGGCUUCUAACUGGAGGAUACCCAUGACCUGACCACAAAGGCCAGGGGCUCCUUCCUGCCCCUCUCUGAUGGAGCAAGUGACCCCACCAAACCACUGUUUUCCCUUCUACCCAGUUCCACCAAACCAGAGUUUACACCCACACUGGGGGGGGGGGGGCGUCUCCUGGGCACACACCCGCACACAAAAGCUGCCUCACCAGGGAGUUAGGAUCCUGACCACCUGUAUCUGGCAUGCUGGUUGCUCAUUCUGUGCAGGUGUGUGUGUGUGUGUGUGCGCCACCAUGCAUCCCUUACUCCCUGGAGGAUGCUCAUGGGCACACUACAGUGGGGACAUCAAGGACGUAAUAUUUAUGUAUUGCUGCAUGAUUCUCAAAAAUGAAUAAAAGUGCUUACAAGGGAAGGAGAGCUGCUAACUGGGAA